AUGGCUGCCUCAAUAGCGCUCCAACGAAGGAACUCUUUGGCUUCCCAACGCAGUAGCCGCCGCUUUUCUUCUGAUACCAAUUCCUUAUUUGUCUCGACAGAGGAGGCUACGUUGAUAAGUGAUAGGAUCGACGAAGAAAUCAAGCGAGAGGCCGCUCGGUUAAAGGAAGCCAAGAGGAGAGAGAUAAAAGGGAAAUCCACUUUGCAGAAACAGUUUCAGCUGUUCUAUGCUUCCAAAACUCUAGACGCUGAGCGUCACUCAUGGACACCGGUGGUUUACUUCAACAUCAUCAAAGCCAUACGCAUGAUCUUCGCCGAAUUAGACCAUGAGAUUUUGAAUUAUACUCCCAACGAACCUAUGGCCUCCAAUGCUGUAAGGCAGGAGCUCAAUGGCCUUCGAGUGAAACUAUUACCACUACUGUCACUGGAAAAUACGCUUGCCUCGGAGCUCAGCGGUGGCGUGGCUGUCGCUGGUGGUCGUACAGGUGCUUAUGUGCGACUAGGAUGGCAGAACCUCAUCGCCUCGACAUUGGCAACCUCUUCAGAUACAAAGAGAUCCCGAAUCGAGAAUAGAACUCGUGAGACCACUUUACUUGUUGCGCGGACUCUGGCUGUUGCCGUAGACGACGUUGAGGCGCUUUGGAUGCAUGAAAGUAUCAAAUUCUAUAUUCAGAAACGAAAGAUUCGCCUGGAUGACUCGGCAUCCUAUUUCUUGGGACACAUCCAACGAAUUGCGGAACCCGAGUAUACUCCUUCCAACGACGACAUCCUUAAUGUUCGGCUACAGACCUUGGGGAUUAUGGAGCAUUCCAUUCCUAUUUACACUGGUGGAAGAACAUACGACUGGAAACUUUACGAUGUCGGAGGUGCUCGCGGACAGCGGCCUAUGUGGAUACCUUAUUUCGAUGAUGGUACGUAG